AUGGUUCCUCCAAAUCUCGCCAGCAUGAAGUGGUUGAUACUGUUGUUUGUUGCCUACGCUUUCGCCGAGCAGACGAAGAACGAUGGGGGCGAUCCAACGGCGCCAAAAGAAAAGAAUUACCGAAAAUACAUCGCAGAACAGGAUUUCAAACUCCCAUUCAAAACGCGAGUAAGUGAGCCUUUCGUCGUCGGUCAAACCAUCCACGCUGUAGGAACGCUAGCCGAGAAGCCGACGAGAAUCGACUUCAACUUCCACAAGGGACCUUCAAAGGAUGCUGACCUUCCACUGCAUUUCUCCAUCCGAUUCGAUGAGGGAAUUUUCUCCGGAAAGUUCGUAUAUAACACCUUCAAGGAUGGCAACUGGUCCGAACGUGAACAACGUAUUUCUAACCCCUUCAAAGCUGGCCAAGAAUUCGAUCUCAGGGUUAGAAUUCUCGAAGGCAAAUUCCAGGUCUUCGCCAACCGCGUUGAAGUUGGAACAUUCGAGCAAAGACAACCCCUUGAUGGAAUCGACCAUGUCUCCAUUCGCGGAGAUUUGACGAAGCUCCGCCUCUUCCACUAUGGUGGACGAAUCUUCCCUAACCCCUACAUGGCAGUUGCUGAGCUCAAGCCUGGAAAGCGACUUGAUAUCUCUGCUCUGCCUACCGGAAAACGUGUCAACAUCAAUCUCUACAGAGAAAACAAGGAAUACGCACUCCAGGUUUCCAUCCGCUUCAACGAGGGUGCCAUCGUUCGUAAUGCAAUGAACAACAAUGUAUGGGGCAAAGAAGAGCGUGAAGGUGCCAUGCCAAUCAACAAGGGAGAAGUCUUCGACGUCACAAUCAUCAACGAAGAGUACUCAUUCCAAAUCUUCUUUAAUGGCAAACGAUUUGCCACCUUUGCUCAUCGUGGAUCCCCAACUGAUCUUAAGACUUUGGAGAUCGAUGGAGAUGUUGAGAUCCAUACCGUCACAAUCAACGACGCGCCAGGAGUCUAGAUCAACAAACUGUACUUAUCUUUGGAUAUCUGUCCAUAACAUUUAUAAACUGUAUAUUUGCACAUUUUCCAGCGAUACCACUUCUCUCUGUGAGCUGUAUAUUUUCGGAAUUCCAAUAAAACAUUUUAUCAAAAUUUAUUGA